CUCGGUGCGAACCCCCUCCCCGCUCGACAUUUUUUUCCCUGCCUCUUUUUUUGUGAAUGAAAAAAGGAGGUCGCGAGCGGUCCCCAGCACUGCAGCGCCAGGCGUCUUCGCGACCGCGUCGUGUGAGCGGGUCGGGCGCGUAGCGGCUGCGGCCUCGCCCUCUCUGGCUCUCCUGCGCGCCGCUGCGUUCAGCCCGGGCCCGGGCUCGGGACCCGCAGCGGCGGCGGCGGAGGCGGUGCGGCCCCACAGAGGAGGAAGACCCCGCCGCGUGCAGCCACCACCCCGCGCGCCUCCAUGACAUUGGGCGCCCGGGGCGCGGGGAGAUGCUGAUCCGGAAGAGGCAAUGGCUGCAGUGCCGCACGCGCGGCCGCGCCCGGCCCACCAUCCGGCCUGGGCUGCUCUGUCAGAGUUUCUGAGUUAAGGCGCCCGGGGCCCGGAGCCCGGAGCCUGUGGCGGCGGCGGCGCCCGCAUCGUCCUAACUUGCACGCACGGAGUGACCCCAGACUUUUCACUAAAAUGAGCGUGUUUAGCAGGAAGAGAUGUGUUCCGUACGCUAGAAAUUACCCCGUCACAUGUAGUGGUGUCCCAAUUAAUGGAUUCUGACAUGGAUUAUGAAAGGCCAAACGUAGAGACCAUCAAGUGUGUUGUGGUGGGGGACAACGCCGUGGGCAAGACCAGGCUCAUCUGUGCCCGAGCCUGCAAUGCCACCCUCACUCAGUACCAGCUGCUCGCCACCCAUGUGCCCACAGUUUGGGCCAUUGACCAGUAUCGGGUGUGCCAGGAGGUGCUGGAGCGAUCCCGGGAUGUGGUAGAUGAUGUCAGUGUCUCCCUCCGCCUCUGGGACACCUUUGGGGACCACCAUAAAGAUCGGCGCUUUGCUUACGGGAGAUCUGAUGUGGUAGUUCUGUGCUUCUCCAUUGCCAACCCCAAUUCCCUCCACCAUGUCAAGACUAUGUGGUACCCAGAAAUCAAGCACUUUUGUCCCCGAGCACCUGUCAUCUUGGUGGGCUGCCAGCUGGACCUGCGCUACGCCGACCUGGAGGCUGUCAAUCGGGCCAGGCGACCCUUGGCCAGGCCCAUCAAACCUAAUGAGAUCCUUCCCCCAGAGAAGGGUCGGGAGGUGGCCAAGGAGCUAGGUAUUCCCUACUACGAGACCAGUGUGGUGGCCCAGUUCGGCAUCAAGGAUGUCUUCGACAAUGCCAUCCGGGCGGCACUCAUCUCCCGCCGCCACCUGCAGUUCUGGAAAUCCCACCUCCGCAAUGUGCAGCGGCCUCUGCUGCAGGCGCCCUUUUUGCCCCCCAAGCCGCCCCCUCCCAUCAUUGUGGUGCCCGACCCCCCCUCCAGCAGCGAGGAGUGCCCUGCCCACCUCCUGGAGGACCCGCUGUGCGCGGACGUCAUCCUGGUGCUGCAGGAGCGGGUGCGUAUCUUCGCCCACAAGAUCUACCUCUCCACCUCCUCCUCCAAGUUCUACGAUCUGUUCCUCAUGGACCUGAGUGAGGGAGAGCUGGGGGGGCCCUCGGGGCCAGGGGCCUCCCGCCCAGAGGACCACCGGGCUCACCCUGACCACCACCACCACCAUGGGCGGGACUUCCUGCUGCGGGCGGCUAGCUUUGAUGUGUGUGAGAGCGUGGACGAGUGUGGCUCUGGCCCUGCGGGUCUGCGCGCCUCCACCAGUGACGGGAUUCUACGGGGCAAUGGCACCGGGUUCCUGCCGGGACGGGGUCGAGUGCUUUCUUCCUGGAGCCGUGCUUUUGUGAGCAUCCAGGAAGAGAUGGCAGAAGACCCACUGACCUACAAGUCCCGGCUGAUGGUGGUGGUCAAGAUGGACAACUCCAUCCAGCCGGGGCCCUUCCGGGCUGUCCUUAAGUACCUGUACACGGGGGAGCUGGACGAGAAGGAGCGGGACCUCAUGCACAUUGCACACAUUGCUGAGCUGCUCGAGGUCUUUGACCUGCGGAUGAUGGUGGCCAACAUUCUCAACAACGAGGCCUUCAUGAACCAGGAGAUCACCAAGGCCUUCCAUGUCCGACGGACCAACCGGGUUAAGGAGUGCUUGGCAAAAGGCACCUUCUCAGAUGUGACUUUCAUCUUGGAUGAUGGCACCAUCAGUGCCCACAAGCCCCUGUUGAUUUCUAGCUGUGACUGGAUGGCCGCAAUGUUUGGGGGGCCGUUUGUGGAGAGUUCUACCCGGGAGGUGGUAUUCCCUUACACGAGCCAGAGCUGCAUGAGGGCAGUGCUGGAAUACCUCUACACGGGUAUGUUCACCUCUAGCCCGGACUUAGAUGAUAUGAAGCUCAUCAUCCUGGCCAACCGCCUCUGCCUGCCACACCUGGUUGCCCUCACAGAGCAGUACACGGUGACUGGGCUGAUGGAAGCAACGCAGAUGAUGGUGGACAUUGAUGGGGACGUCCUUGUGUUCCUGGAACUGGCGCAGUUCCACUGUGCAUACCAGCUGGCUGACUGGUGUCUCCACCACAUUUGCACCAACUACAACAAUGUGUGCCGCAAGUUCCCACGAGACAUGAAGGCCAUGUCCCCAGAAAACCAAGAGUAUUUCGAGAAGCAUCGGUGGCCACCAGUCUGGUACCUGAAGGAGGAGGACCACUACCAGCGGGCACGGAAGGAGCGAGAGAAGGAAGACUAUCUCCAUCUGAAGCGGCAGCCCAAGCGGCGGUGGCUGUUCUGGAACAGUCCCUCCUCGCCAUCCUCCUCUGCAGCCUCCUCCUCAUCCCCAUCUUCUUCCUCGGCUGUGGUCUGAGAUGCUGCCACCUUCUUCUGACCCUGAUGCUGUUGUCCCCACUUGCUCUGGCCCCCCUGAUCUUCCACAUUGUCUCUCUUUCCCCUCCACUUUCCAGAAACAAGGGGACUCACAUAACCAGGACCCUGAGGGCAGAGCUGUUCUCAUUAGCCAACCUGAGCCAGGCCUGUGGGUCAGAACAGAGACCACUGAGGCCCCUGAAGCCAAAGGGAGACCAGGAAAGCUCCUGGAGGCUGGGAACAGGAAGGGGUCUGAGAGGCGGUGGCCCAGAGUCACAGAAGCCCUCUAAGGCUUGGGUGUGUGUGUCUGUGCAGGAAGGGCCCUGCAUCGCCGGCCCUGCUUUUCCAUUGGACGAGGUAGUUGCACAUCUCUGUGGGCCCUUCCACAUGGAGACCAGUCAGACCCUCAUGAGAGAAGUCCAGGUGGAAAUGAAAUGUUCAUUCAGAGGCCACCUCCAGGCCUCAGGGUGCAGCUGCCAAGGGCCACAGUGGGGAGCUUGUGCUGAGGUUGGCCUGAGCUCCAGACCUAGAAGCAUUGCCCCCCCACCCCAAUCCUCUCAGGUGGGAGCUGAAGGAAACAGCCCUGGGCUGUGGGAGAGCAGGAAGAGGUAUGGAUAUGGGGUGCCAGGAUACAACAGUCCAGGAUCCCCUGGGCUCCUCCCCCACCUCUGGUUUCCAUGGCUUCUUGUGGGCCUUGGGGCAAAGGUAGCAGAAAAGCAAACAACAAACAAAAUCACCACCACAAAGACACUGUCCUUUUCCCCUGAAAGAAAGCCAGAACAUAGUCCUGUAUAAUUUACAUUUUUAUGAAGCAGAACAGGGGCGCCAUGGUGGCAAGGUAAAUGUGUAGAUGAAGAAUGGGCUUCACUGUGUCAGGGUCACUUGUAGUGGCUGCAGGUGUCCUGGCCCUGCAGGCUCUCGGGGCAGCACAGGCUCCUGCUUUCACAUGCUGGGGCUGAGGACUUGGAGUGGGGGCAGGUUGGGGGGGGUGUCUUGAGACUUGGGUGUGGCACUAGACCCUGGCUUUAGCCCAUGAGGGAGACACCCUAGAAGGUAAAUGUGCUUAGGGGUCUGUCACAGGUCAGGAAAACAACACAGGUUUGGAGAACAGCAGUCACUGUAGCAAAGGCUCAUGGGACACAGUAUAGAAGGGAAGGCGAAUUGAACAGGAGAAUUGAACAGAAGCAAAAGCAAGGUUAGUCCUGAGGAGCAGAGGGGUGAGGCUGGAGGAAUGAAGAUAUUUCCCCAUGGUUGGGCUACAGUCAACCCUGUUUCCCAAUCCUGAUUCCCACUUCACACCCUCAUCUCACUCCCCAACACAUAUCCUCCUUUUUAGAUCUAAAAGACUGUAUCCCUCUAAUUGGGGGUGGGGGGUGGUGAGGGGCCAGUGAGGUCCUGGACUAAGCUCUCAAGUGUUUUCUCUGGUUGGGCUUUAGGUCCCAGGGCUCUGGGGUGGGUUUUGCCACCACAGGUCUGACCUAAGUUCUGGGAUGGAGGAAACCCAGAAGCAGGAUUCUUUGUUAACACUUGUGGUGCCAAGACCUAGGGAUUUCAGGUUAGAUGCUCCAUAAGAGGAGAGCAGGAUUGGAGUUGCCUCCUGGUUUAAGUCUUCCAGGGAAGGCUCGCUGGGCAGGCCAGUGUGUGCUGCCUUCUAGUGGCUACUUAGACUCCCUUCAGAUGAGCUCAGCCAGGAGGGAGGUGUGGAGACAACAGUGGAAGGCACAGGAAGGGAGCCUCUAAGAAGCACAGCUCUGCACCCUCAUUCUGGAAUAGAAGGGUGGGGUGGCAUGUGCCAGGGCUUUGAGACCUACGAAGAACCUUAGAAGUGAGAGGGAAUCUGGGACCUAAAGAGCAGGGGGAAGAGAAAGUGCCCCCCCCUGUCCUGAACUGCUAUGCCCACGGGUGAGUGCAGAAAAAGCCAGUGGGAAGGGGAAGUGAAGGCUGGCCAAGAAGUUUCAGAAAAUUCACAUGACAUGGCCCCCAGAACAACCCCCAGCACACAGGGACUGCUUACGCCUCAGGGACCCACUGCCUCUUCCCCAAAGGCACUGUCAGAGCCAGCCUCCAUCACAGGAGCCAGGGAGGGGCUGAGUUCCAUUUGGCACCUGGAACCCAAAACUCAGCUGGAGGACACCCCUGCAGAGCAAGGGCAGAAAAGAAGGAGUGAGUCACAGCCCUGUGCUGUGUCAAACUGCUGCAGUGGGGACAGGAAGACUGGGGAGGGGAAAAAAAACAAACACCACAGCUCUUUUUAUAUAAGGUUUCAUAUUUAAUUUGGUCAUGAAUUCAUAAAUACAUAAGUAUUUUGUACCUAAUGGCCUUCCUUGUAUUGUUUGAUAUUUCCAACAAACUCUUCAAAGGAAGAACCUCCCACUUGGGGGGGGGGGGAUCAGAACAGAUAACCAAUCAUUCUAUAAAGGUUAAAAAGUAUAUUUAUGUUGGGUAUAAAGCAAUAAAGAAGGCAAUUUCAUGCUUU